UCCUCCACCAGGGCGCGGCGGCCAAAGCAUGCCGCGGACGCCUCGAAGCGCGCGCUGCUCCGGCGGCGCGGCGCGGACGCUGGCGCUGUUUGCGCUGACGUUCGGCGUGGCGCUUCCGGCCGCGUGCCACCGCCUGCUGCACUCGUACUACUUUGCGCGCUGGGCCUACUUGGACGCCAUGAGCCGGGACGCCCUGCGGCAGAGUCUGCGGCGCGGUCAGGACGCGCUGCUCUUCUGGCAGGCGGCCAGAGCCGACCCGGCCGCCGCCGCCGCCGAGCUUCCGCGGCACCCCGAGCUGCUGGUGACGGUGGUGACGACGCGGCGGCGCGAGGCUCUGCCUUACCACUACCUCCUGCAGGUGAUGCGCGAGCUGAGCGCUCUCCUGGGCGGCUGCGGGGAGCGGCCCUGCGCCCAGGUGGUGCUGUGCGACGUGGCGAGCGGCCCCGACGUCAACGAGGACGCCAGACUGCUGGAGCGGCACUUCCGCGUGCUGCGCCGGCCCGACGAGCGGCGGCCGGCCGUCAACUCGUUUGAGCGCGAGAAGCGGGACUACGUGUUCUGCCUGCGGCAGGCCUACCGGCUGGCCCGCCCCCGCAACCUGGUGGUCCUGGAGGACGACGCCAUGCCGCUGCCGGACUUCUUCCGGGUGCUGCGGGAGCUGCUGAGCCGGCGCUUCGCCGCCCGCUCGCUCUACGUCAAGCUGUACCACCCCGAGCGGCUGCAGCGCUACUGGAACCCGGAGCCCUACCGGCUGCUGGAGUGGGCGGGCCUGGGCCUGCUGGGGGGCAGCCUGCUGCUGGGGCUGCUGGCCGCGUGGAACCCGUGCGGGCUGCCGCUGCGCCCCUGCGCCGGCCACCUGGCGCUGCUGGCCGCCUACGUGAUGGCGGCGGCCGAGCUGCUGGGCCGCCACUACCUGCUGGAGGCCCGCCGGCUCUCGCCGCAGCUGUACGCCGUGUCGCCCGCCACCGAGUGCUGCACGCCCGCCAUGCUGUACCCGGGCAACGCCUCGCUGCGGGUGGCCGACUACCUGGACCGGGCCUUCUGCUUCCAAGGCCACGCCAAGGACACGGCCCUGUACCGGGCCGUCCGCGCCGCGCCCGGGGAGCGCUCGCACAGCGUGGAGCCCAACCUGGUGGCGCACAUCGGCGCCUUCUCCUCCGUCAGGCCCAACCCGGCCGAGCCCAAGCUGCUCUGAGCUCCCGCCUUUUUUUUGGGGGCGGG